AUUUUCGUUCCUUACUCAACAGUUAUCUGACAAUGAUCUUGGCCUCAAGAAUGUAAAUGGUGUCGUCUCUCUACUCUGUUUUAGUUGAAUCCCUAUCAGCGUAGCCUUAAACAAUCAAAACUCGUGGAUUUAUUUUUGCCGUCAUUGCAUAACGCUAUUUAACAAUAUUUCACAAAUGGGCUGUACAUUGUCUUUGGUCUCCUCCAGGAAGGUUGGGGAAAAGCCUUCGGUCAACCAUGGGCCUAUGACCCAUUCACAACAUGACGUAUUCAGGGAUACCAACAACGGCAUCGACAGCAAUGGUGAUGCCAAUGUUAAUUUCAUUGCCACUUCGGAACACGGUAAUAACGCAGGCGCCAAGUCUGAGUUGACCACAGGCCUCGGCGAGAGACUUCUUCAAGUCAUGAUAAAUUUUGGUGUGAAUCAUGGGCGUUAUGUACCAUGUAAUAAGUUUGAUCUUUUGAUCACUGAGGGCACGGUUAAAUCAGAAUUAAUCCGAGCAGGCAUGCAAAGCGAGAUCACGACACACCUUAUACGAUAUAUCUUGGACCAUGCGAAAAAGAUAUUUGCUGUGUUGGUGAUGAUUGAUGAACCUCAGUGGAUUAAAGAACUUGUUAUUGAAGGAAUGCAAGAUACGGACCUUCCUAUCGGUACUGAAGCUAUUAUCAGAGAUGAACAGGUACAUCACAUUGUGUGUUCAUUUUACCCUGACUCCGAAACCCUGGAUAAGCGUCACAGCUGGGCAACUUUACAGGGCAAGAGGCUCCUUGCAGUUGAUAGGUUUUGCUCUUAUCAGUGGCGCUUCCUAGCACCGGUGUUCACUAGUGGCAGUUACAAGUACUUCCUGCAUCCAGAUUGCCCUUUGCCCUUCAUCCACCUAGAGCCAAAGGCGGGUGUGACCAAGUUCAGCCAUCACAGCAAAGUAUUCAAAGUCUAUAUCCACAAGGCACAUGUGCAGUGGGUAAGUCAAGAGAUAUUCUGCAAUUUCCCUGAUGAGAACAGCUAAAAUAAAUAUGAUAAGGGCAACCACGACGGAGGAUAUUUCGCCGUAAAAGAAUUGCAUUUGGACGAUUCGAACGACUAUAGUGCUGAGGCUAGCACUCUAGAAAAGCUUAGCAGACUUGAACAUCAGCACUUGAUCAGG